AGCGAGGCAAUAUACAGGGGGUACCGGUUAGUCAGGGUAAUGGAGUCAAUGUGCGGGGUCACCGGAUAGUCAGGGUAAUGGAGGUAAUAUGUACAUGUAGGUAGAGCUAUUCAAGUGACUAUGCAUAGAUAAUAAAAAGAGUAGCAGCAGUGUAAAAGAGGGGGGGGGGCAAUGCAAAUAGUCUGGAUAGCCAAUUGAUUAGAUGUUCAAGAGUGUUAUGGCUUGGGGGAAGAAGCUGUUUAGAAGCCUCUUGGACCUAGAUUGGCGCUCCGGUACCGCUUGCUCUGCGGUAGCAGAGAACAGUCUAUGACUAGGGUGACUGGAGUCUUUGACAAUUGUUAGGGCCUUCCUCUGACACUGCCUGGUAUAGAGGUCCUGGAUGGCAGGAAGCUUGGCUCCAGUGAUGUACUGGGCCGUAUGCACUACCCUAUGUACUGCCUUGCAUUUUUAUUUUUUAUAUUACCUUUAUUUAACCAGGCAAGUCAGUUAAGAACAAAUUCUUAUUUUCAAUGAUGGCCUAGGACCAGUGGGUUAACUGCCUGUUCAGGGGCAGAACGACAGAUUUGUACCUUGUCAGCUCGGGGGUUUGAACUUGCAACCUUCCGGUUACUAGUCCAACGCUCUAACCACUAGGCUUCCCUGCCGCCCAGUUGCGGUCUGCCUUGCGGUCCAACAGCCGAGCUGUUGCAAUACCAGGCAGUGAUGCAACCAGUCUUGACUGAUUAAUGGGAAUUCAAUUUGAAAAAGCCUUCUGAGAAUAUACUGUGUAUUGUGUUUGUCAUAAUACCCAAAAAGCAGGUAUUUGGAGGAUAUAUUGACACGGAUGUUGUUAGGCCAGAGACUAAGUCGAGCCAAUCUCCAGUACAUUCGGAAAGUAUUCAGACCCUUUUUCUACAUUUUGUUAAGUUACAGCCUUAUUCUAAAAUGGAUCAAAUAAAAAACAAUCCCACUCACUCACAAUACCCCUUUAUUGACAAAGCAAAACAGGUUUAGACUUUUUUAUACAAAUGUAUUUAAAAAAUACGUGAAUGUGAUUUACAUUUUUUUAAAGUAUUCAGACACAGCGAUUACAGCCUUGAGUCUUCUUGGGUAUGACGCUACAAGCUUGGCACCCCUGUAUUCGGGAGGUUUCUCCCAUUCUUCUCUGCAGAUCUUCUCAAGCUCUGUCCGGUUGGAUGGGGAGUGUCACUGCACAGCUGUUUUCAGGUCUCUUGAUUGGGCUCUGGCUGGGCCACUCAAGGACAUUGAGACUUGUCCUGAAGCCGCUCCUGCGUUGUCUUGGCUGUGUGCUUAGGGUCGUUGUCCUGUUGGAAGAUGAACCUUCGCCCCAGUCUGAGGUCCUGAGUGCUCUGGAGCAGGUUUUUGUCAAGAAUCUCUCUGUACUUUGCUAUGUUCAUCUGUCCCUCGAUCCUGACUAGUCUACCAGUCCCUUCCACUGAGAAACAUCCCCACCUCAUGAUGCUGCCACCACCAUGCUUCACCAUAGAGAUGGUGCCAGAUUUCCUCCAGAGGUGAUGCUUGGCAUUCAGGCCAAAGAAUUCAAUAUUGGUUUCAUUAGACGAGAGAAUCUUCUUUCUCAUGGUAUGAGUGUCUUUUAUCUGCCUUUUGGCAAACUACAAGCGGACUGUCGUGCUUUUUACUGAGGAGUGGCUUCCGUCUGGCCACUACCAUAAAGGCCUGAUUGGUUGAGUGCUGCAGAAAUGGUUGUCCUUCUGGAAGGUUCUCCCAUCACCAUGGAAGAACUCUGGAGCUCUGUCUGUGACCAUUGGGUUCUCGGUUACCUCCCUGGCCAAGGCCUUGUCCCCCGAUUGCUCAGUUUGGCUGGACGGCCAGCUCUCGGAAGAGUCUUGGUGCUUCCAAAUUUCUUGGGGACCUUAAAUGCUGUAGAAAUGUUUUGGUACACUUCCCCAGAUCUGUGCCUCAACACUAUCCAGUCUCGGAGCUCUACGGACAAUUCCUUCAACCUCAUGGCUUGGUUUUUUGACAUACAUUACCAUUCAAAAGUUUGGGGUCACUUAGAAAUGUCCUUGUUUUUAAAGAAAAGCAACAAUAAAAGUGCAUUAAAAUAACAUCAAAUUGAUUAGAAAUACAGUGUAGACAUUGUUCAUGUUGUAAAUGACUAUUGUAGAUGGAAACUACUGAUUUUUAAUGGAAUAUCUACGUAGGCGUAUAGAGGCCCAUUAUCAGCAACCAUCACAUCAGCAUUUGUAGGUUCGAUUACAGGCUCAAAAUGGCCAGAAACAAAUAAUUUUCUUCUGAAACUCGUCAGGCUAUUCCAUGAGAGAAUUUGCCAAGACUAGGGAAGAUCUCGUACAACGCUGUGUACUACUCCCUUCACAGUAUAGCUCAAACUGGCUCUAACCAGAAUAGAAAGAGUGGAAUGCCCCGGUGCACUACUGAGCAAGAGGACAAGUACAUUAGUGUCUAGUUUGAGAACGACCCCUCUCAAGUCCUCAAAUAGCAGCUUAAUUAAAUAGUACCCGCAAAACACCAGUCUCAACGUCAACAGUGAAGAGGCGACUCCGGGAUGCUGGCCUUCUAGGCAGAGUUGCAAAGAAAAAGCAAUAUCUCAGACUGGCCAAUAAUAGAUGAAGAUGGGCAAAAGAACAGACACUGGACAGAGGAAGAUUGGGAAAAAAAGUUAUGGACAGACAUCUAAGUUUGAGGUGUUCGGCUCACAAAGAAGAACAUUUGUGAGACGCAGAAAAGAUUCUGGAGGAGUGAUUGACGCCAUCUGUCAAGCAUGGUGCAGGCAAUGUUAUGGUCUGGGGGUGCUUUGGUGGUGGUAAAGUGGGAGAUUUGUACAGGGUAAAAGGCAUCUUGAAGAAGGAAGGCUAUCACUCUAUUUUGCAAUGCCAACAGGACAAUGACCUAAAGCACAGCUCCAAACUAUGCAAGAACUAUUUAGAGAAGAAGCAGUCAGCUGGUAUUCUGUGUAUGAUGGAGUGGCCAGGACAAUCACUGGAUCUCAACCCUAUUGAGCUGUUGUGGAAGCAGCUUGACGGUAAGAAGUGACCAUCAAGCCAAUCUCAUUUGUGGGAGGUGCUUCAGCAAGCAUGUGUUGAAAUCUCUUCAGAUUAACCUUAACAAAUUGACAACUAGAAUGCCAAAGGUCUGCAAGGCUAUAAUUGCUGCAAAUGCCGGAUUCUUUGACGAAAGCAAAGUUUGAAGGACACUAUUUCAAUUAAAAAUCAUUGUUUAUAACCUUGUCAACUACAUUUCCUAUUCAUUUUGCAACUCAUUUCAUGUAUGUUUUCAUGGAAAACAAGGACAUUUCUAAGUAACCCCAAACUUUUGAACGGUAGUGUACACUGUCAAUUGUGGGGCCUUUUUAUAUAGACAGGUGUGUGUGUGUGUGUGCCUUUCCAAAUCAUGCCCAGUCAAUUGAAUUUACCACAGGUGGACUCUAAGUUGUAGAAACAUCUCCAAGGAUGAUCAAUGGAAACAGGAUGCAUAAGAACACCCGUGCCACUAUAUCCUCCGAACAGCAGCUCCUCUGGUGUUGGCACUUAAUAUGCGUCUUCAUCGAAUUUUUCAUCGAAUUUUUUUUUAAACUUGUGUGCUUACGACGCUACUGUUUAUUUCUAAGACAAACUAUAGCAGCCUCCUACUGUACAAUGAUUACAAAUACUCAUUCUUAUCCAUAUCAAUAAUAUGAUUGUAAUGCAUGCGAAUUAGACGAAUGUAAUAGUUUGGAACCAUAUUGUUUCCAGUAUAGUUUGAUGUUUAUAAUCAGUUUAACAACGGACCUCCAGUGGUGUGACAUGGAAUGUUACUUGUGAAAUGUAUGCAUUUAACUGGUAAUAUGUCUGGCGAAGCCAAACAGUUACUUUACUUAUCAUGUUGCCUUAGCUUUAUCUUGGCCAGGUCGCAAUUGUAAAUGAGAACUUGUUCUCAACUUGCCUACCUGGUUAAAUAAAGGUUAAAUAAAAAAUAAAUACGUUUUAUAUUUAUUGUAUUCCCUCUAAGACAUGGUGUUUACAUUUACUUUUUUUUGUAAAAAGGUGGCUGUAAUUGAAGAUUUGUGUUCAAUGAAACGUGUCCUAUCAUAUUUAUGUACACAACUGCAAUGCACACAUGGUGAGAUUUCAAACCGUACACACAUUUUUCUAUAAAGAUAGGAACUAGUGUUGUGUGGUCGUUAGUUCUUACCGAAUUCAGUUUAGCUGCUCACGUUGGUGGAAUGGAUGUCUGGGAAAUGAUUGAAUGAAAAAUAACUAAAGCCAGUUAUUAUUUUUAGCAAUUGGAGCGUAUGAAUUAUGCUGUAAUAAAAGUGAAAGGCAAGACUCUGGAAACUAUCGUAGCUUAUUCAUGAUCGGUAGGUUUAUGUGAUAAAAUACUGGAACACCUUGAAGCUAAGGUAGCUAAGAGACGCGAGUGGAGCAUUAAUUAGCAAGUGCUGAGGGGCUUGCAGGAUGUAUGCCGUAUACCGCCAAGCCCACUCCCCCACCGCCAUCGAGUUCUCUGUCUACUGUAACUUCAUCUCCAACCUGGAGAGAAACCUGGUCGUCGCUGGAACGUCUCAGCUUUACGUCUACAGGAUCAUUCACGAUGUGGAGAAUGCCUCAAAGACAGACAAAUCACCAGAUGUCAAGAGUCGUAAGGAGAAGUUGGAGCAGGUGGCUUGUUUCUCCUUGUUCGGUAACGUCAUGUCCAUGGCCUCUGUUCAGCUAGUAGGAGCCAACAGAGACGCUCUCCUGCUUAGCUUCAAAGAUGCUAAGCUGUCAGUGGUGGAGUAUGAUCCAGGAACACAUGAUCUGAAGACUCUCUCGCUUCACUUCUUUGAGGAGCCAGAGCUGAGGGAUGGGUUUGUCCAGAACCUGCACAUCCCCAUGGUUCGUGUGGACCCAGAGAACCGCUGUGCUGUGAUGCUGGUGUAUGGAACUCAGCUGGUGGUGCUGCCAUUCAGAAAGGACACACUUACUGACGAACAGGAGGGAGUAGUGGAAGGGCCCAAGUCGAGCUUUCUUCCCAGCUACAUCAUAGAUGUCCGUGAGUUGGAUGAGAAGCUUCUGAACAUCGUAGAUAUGAAGUUCCUCCACGGUUAUUAUGAGCCCACAUUGCUCAUCCUGUAUGAGCCCAAUCAGACGUGGCCUGGGCGUGUAGCAGUGAGACAGGACACCUGCAGUAUCGUAGCCAUCUCUCUCAACAUCAUGCAGAAGGUUCAUCCUGUCAUCUGGUCCCUCAGCAACCUGCCCUUUGACUGCACACAGGUCAUGGCUGUGCCCAAGCCCAUUGGUGGUGUGGUGGUGUUUGCUGUCAACUCCCUGUUAUACCUCAACCAGAGUGUUCCUCCAUAUGGCGUGUCACUCAACACACAGACCACAGGGACCACCGCCUUCCCCCUGCGUAUACAAGAGGAGGUGAAGAUCACUCUAGAUUGUUCCCAGUCCUCCUUCAUCGGCUCUGACAAGAUGGUCAUCUCUCUGAAAGGAGGAGAGAUCUAUGUGUUGACCCUGAUCACUGAUGGCAUGAGAAGUGUCCGGGCCUUCCACUUAGACAAGGCUGCUGCCAGCGUUCUCACCACCUGUAUGAUGACCAUGGAGCCUGGGUAUCUGUUCCUGGGGUCCCGGCUGGGAAACAGCCUCUUGCUGAAAUACACAGAGAAAUACCAGGAGAAUCCAGAGAAACCACCUGUGGAGGAGGACAAAGAGAAGGAAGAGGAGACCGAUGAGGAGAAGCAGGAGGAACCUCCUAGUAAAAAGAAGAGGGGUGAUUCCUCUACCAAGUUGACAGCUGGUAAGAACCAACUGCCUGAUGAGGUGGAUGAAAUUGAGGUGUACGGGAGCGAGGCCGCAUCUGGCACACAGUUGGCCACCUACUCCUUUGAGGUGUGUGACAGCAUACUGAACAUCGGACCUUGUGCUGGUGCGUCCAUGGGGGAGCCAGCCUUCCUCUCUGAAGAGUUCCAGACCAACCCAGAACCUGACCUGGAGAUAGUGGUGUGUUCUGGCUUUGGGAAGAACGGAGGUCUGUCUGUGCUUCAGAGAAGCAUCCGACCCCAGGUGGUCACCACCUUUGAGCUGCCAGGUUGCCAUGACAUGUGGACUGUCAUCUCCAAUGAGGUCAAGGAGAAAGUCAAAGAGAAAGACAAGCCUCCUGCAGCCGAGGGAGAAGGUGAGACCCCUGAGGAGGAAGAAGAGGAGAAGACGGUGCCUGCGCCAGUGGAGGACGAUAAGAAAAACCAUGGCUUUCUGAUUCUCAGCAGAGAGGACUCCACCAUGAUCCUGCAGACGGGCCAGGAGAUCAUGGAGCUGGACACCAGUGGUUUCGCCACCCAGGGGCCCACUGUGUUCGCUGGGAACAUCGGAGACAACAAAUACAUCAUCCAGGUCUCCCCCAUGGGUAUACGGCUACUGGAAGGAGUGACCCAGCUGCACUUCAUCCCGGUGGACCUGGGUUCUCCCAUAGUGCAGUGCUCCGUAGCAGACCCCUAUGUGGUCAUCAUGACGGCGGACGGAGUGGUCACCAUGUUCGUCCUGAAGACCGACUCCUACAUGGGCAAGACCCACCGCCUGGCCCUGCAGAAACCACAGAUAGCUGCUCAACCCCGUGUGAUCACGCUGUGUGCGUUCCGUGACGUCAGCGGGAUGUUCACCACCGAGAACAAGCAGACCUGUCACACUGAGGAUCAAGACAGCAUGUUCAAGAGCCAAUCGGAGACCGAGACCAUUCUACAGGACCUCAGUAACACAGUGGAUGAUGAGGAGGAGAUGUUGUAUGGAGACUGUAACCCAGCAGGCAUCACCCCCACCAAGGACGAGUCCCACCCCGGCUACCGCCUCUCCUCUGGGGCCCAGGGUGGGGGCUCCGAGGGGAGGUCAGGACGAGCUGAACCUACACACUGGUGCAUGAUGGUCCGCGAGAACGGCGUCAUGGAGAUCUACCAGCUACCUGACUGGAGACUGGUGUUCCUGGUCAAGAACUUCCCUGUUGGCCAGAGAGUGUUGGUUGACAGCUCCGCCGGCCAAUCAGCAGCCCAGGGGGAGGGGAAAAAGGAGGAAGUGACACGGCAGGGAGAGAUCCCAUUGGUCAAAGAGGUGGCCCUGGUGUCGCUCGGCAACAACCACUGCAGACCCUACCUGCUGGUCCAUGUUGAACAGGAGCUUCUGAUCUAUGAAGCAUUCCCAUAUGACCAGCAGCAGGCUCAGAGCAACCUGAAGGUCCGCUUCAAGAAGAUGCCCCACAACAUCAACUUCCGGGAGAAGAAGUCGAAGGUGAAGAAAGACAAGAAGGCGGAGGGUCAGGCUGGUCUCAGCGAGGAGGGGCCAACGGUGGUCAAAGGUCGCGUGGCCAGGUUCAGAUACUUUGAGGAUAUCUCAGGCUACUCUGGGGUGUUCAUCUGUGGCCCCUCCCCUCACUGGAUGCUGGUAACAUCACGGGGGGCGAUGAGGCUCCACCCCAUGACGAUUGACGGACCAAUCGAGUCCUUCUCCCCCUUCCACAACAUCAACUGCCCUAAAGGUUUCCUCUACUUCAACAAGCAGGGCGAGCUGAGGAUCAGUGUUCUACCCACGUACCUGUCGUAUGACGCCCCCUGGCCAGUCAGGAAGAUUCCUCUGAGGUGCACGGUUCACUAUGUGUCCUACCAUGUGGAGUCCAAGGUGUAUGCAGUGUGCACCAGUGUGAAGGACCCCUGCACUCGCAUCCCCAGAAUGACCGGAGAGGAGAAGGAGUUUGAGACCAUAGACAGAGACGAACGCUACAUUCCUCCUCAGCAGGAGAAUUUCUCCAUUCAGCUCAUAUCUCCUGUCAGCUGGGAGGCCAUCCCUAACACACGGAUUGACCUGGAGGAGUGGGAACAUGUGACUUGUAUGAAGACUGUGGCGUUGAGGAGUCAGGAGACCGUGUCUGGGCUGAAGGGAUACGUAGCUGCCGGGACUUGUCUCAUGCAGGGGGAGGAGGUCACCUGUAGGGGCCGGAUCCUGAUCCUGGAUGUGAUUGAGGUGGUCCCGGAACCGGGUCAGCCCCUGACGAAGAACAAAUUCAAGGUUCUGUAUGAGAAGGAGCAGAAGGGACCGGUCACAGCUCUGUGUCACUGCAGUGGAUACUUGGUCUCUGCCAUCGGACAGAAGAUCUUUCUGUGGAGUCUGAAGGACAACGACCUGACAGGCAUGGCCUUCAUCGACACCCAGCUCUAUAUCCACCAGAUGUUUAGCAUCAAGAACUUUAUCCUGGCAGCUGACGUCAUGAAGAGCAUCUCUCUGCUCAGAUACCAGCCUGAGAGUAAGACGUUGUCGCUAAUUAGCAGGGACGCCAAGCCUCUGGAGGUCUACAGCGUAGAGUUUAUGGUGGAUAACAACCAGCUGGGAUUCCUGGUGUCAGACCGAGACCAGAAUCUGUCGGUGUACAUGUAUCUGCCUGAAGCUAAGGAGAGUUUCGGGGGGAUGCGUCUGCUGAGGAGGGCAGACUUCAACGUGGGAGCUCAUGUCAACGCCUUCUGGAGGAUGCCCUGUCGAGGGGCACUGGACACAGCCACCAAAAAGACCCUGGCCUGGGACAACAAGCACAUCACAUGGUUUGCAACUCUAGAUGGAGGCCUCGGGCUGCUGCUGCCCAUGCAGGAGAAGACCUACCGCAGAUUGCUGAUGUUGCAAAACGCUCUUACCACAAUGCUGCCACACCACGCAGGAUUAAACCCCAAGGCAUUCAGGAUGUUGCAUGCUGACCGGCGGCAGCUCCAGAACGCGGUGCGGAACAUUCUGGAUGGAGAGCUACUCAACAAAUACCUGUACCUCAGCACCAUGGAGCGUAGUGAGUUGGCCAAGAAGAUUGGCACCACCUCUGAUAUAGUCUUGGAUGAUCUUCUUGAAGUUGACAGGGUGACUGCUCAUUUCUGAGAGCAGCAUCCUUGACCACGCCCCCUCAGCAUGUGAGACCCAGGGUCUUCCCCCAUUUUUUUAUAUUAAAUGAAAAGGAGGCUUUUUGGUAUCUAUUUUCUCUAUGGAAACGUAAGCUUGUGUUUAGUCAAUUUUGUUCAGUCAUAAAGGUGUUUAAUCAUGUUUCUUAGAAUAUUUUUUCAACAAAAUAUGAUAAAUUCUGAAUUGUAUGGGUCUUUAUAAAAUGUUAUAACCA